AUGAGCACUGGCAAGUUCUCAGCAAGGCCACUCUCCCUCACUGGGCCCCGUCCGCUCCAACUCGUAGAUGGCAACGCUCAGCCAGGAGGGUUAGGUUCGCCCUCCGCAUCCUCGUGUCCUUCUCCUACCAUCUCUGGCCUCUCUACUCCUCCACCGACGGCCAAGUCAUCUAGAAGCGGCAAAUCUCGCCGACAGUCUUCAAUAUCCUACUUCCCUAGCGAUAACGCGCCAACAUGGGCGUUACGCUCCCCGACUAUCGCUGUUUCGCCAUCGCUGAGGCGGAGCGCGUCCGUAGGCCAGCCUGUGAAGAGUCCACCUGUUGCGGGUGACAGACGGAGUCUCGGGAGCUCAGAAGGGCUGCAGUCACCUCGGGGUGAUCGUGGACCACUGACUCUCACGGAGAAACAUGCCGACCUUUUGCAAUUCAUUGCACAGAAAGAGUCGAAAUGUUUGGAGCUGCGCUCACAGUUGGCUGUGCACGAAGCCGAGCUUGCACAACUGAAGCGAAAGUGGGAGCGUAUCGUCAGUCGGGGCGUGGACCGCGCGGCUUCAAGCGCCCCCAACUCCUCGGUCGCAAGCCCGCUCUCCCCGCUCGACGGCAUCAAGGAGGGUGUGCAGGGCGUGAGCCGCCUACUGCUCGGCGACCUCUCCUCCCCCUCCACAUCCUCACCGACGGUACCCGUGCAGUCCGUUGCCGGCUUCGCGACGAAGUCGCGUGCCGCACAUCGCUCGCGCGGACACGCCACCUCGCAGAGCACAUCCUCUGUCUCCACGACGGGAACGACAUCGACGAGCGUGCGCCUCUCGCAGUCGUCCGCGUCGUCCCUCGCCUUCGACGACCCGCCGCGCGAGCUCGACGAAAAGGGCGAUCUCGCAGAGCAGGAGUGCCGCGGGAGCGUGGAGAUCUCGCCCGCGAGCGCACUCAGGGCCGCGAAGCUGCACCGCCGCAAGUCGCGAGACUGCGCCCCCGCGCCCCUGCCGGACUCGCCGACGACCCCGAACGCCGCGUCCGCGAUGUCGCCCACAUCCGCCGCAAGCAGCACACGCGCGAGCAAGCGCGCUAGUUUGAACCUGGCGAGCGGCCUACCGCCCCCCGCGAUACCCGGUGUGGGCGCGUUGGCGGUGCAGCCGAUGUCCUCGUGGAUGGAGACGGUCGGGAGCAGCGUCGGGCGGAAGUGGGAAGAGUUACAGAACGGCGAUACGUUCACGAAGGGCCAGAAACGCGCAUCCGUCCUGUUCUCGGACGUGUCGCAGUCACUCUUCUCCGCGCUCGCGUCGCCUGGCCCCGUGUCGAGCAGCUCCGUGUCAAUAUCAACGAACCCGUUCGCGGCGACGCUUUCCCCGCUCUCGACGUCGCCUUCGCCCUCACCCUCGCCGGUCGGCGCGCAGGCUGCGUCAUCGUCGUUGUUGGAGGACGAUGAUGGCGCGCAGGGACUCGGCAGCGUGUUGGUGCCUGAUUCGCGAUCACCACCGAUCUCGAGCACCCCUGCGAAGCCCAGCAGCCGCGAUCAGAGCGACGACGAGUGGAAUUGGUAG